AUGAAAACCUCGCAGCAAAGACAUCAUUUUGUUCCUCGAUUCGUAUUAAAACAGUUCAGACCGAAAGACCAACCACCGGCAGGCCCAGUUAUUGCCUAUAGCAGCAAUAAUCAUGGCGAGCGGCCAAAAUCCAGAAAAAGUCGGGAUUUCCUUGUGAACAAGGUUGAUCUUGAGGGGUCUAUUCUAAAGAGGUCUAUUCUAACUCAGCGGCCCGUGUCAACUGAGUUUGCCCUCGUGGACAUGUAUCGGGACCCUGGUUUUGAUCAGGAUCCUUACCAUCUCGAAAAGAAACUUUCAGAUCUUGAAAGUCAGGCGAGUGACAUUAUUCGUCGUGCAUUCAGCCAAUUCGCGCAAGGAUUAAUUCUCGAACUCAAGCGGAUCGAAGUUGACAGAUUGCGAAAGUUUUUAUUUCUCAUGAAAUAUCGAAAUUCAGGAAUGUUCGACCGGUAUAAUCAUGAUCACAUCAACGACUAUAAGGCAGAUGACCGGGAGCGCAUGUCGAACUACAUGAGAUUAAGAGGUUUUUUAAAACCGCGCGAUGUGUGGUUCGACAACUUAAGAGAAUUUCUAGAUCUUGAAAUGGAUCCCGUGAAGACUUGGACGAAAACUCUCAAAACUCGGAUAUAUCCUGACGAUGCUAUGAUGAUGAUUCUGCAUCUCACGCAUAGUUUCAUUGCUUUUUGCGAGCCGAUGUCCUCGGAUGAUGAGUUCCUUCUUACUGAAAAUGCCUACUGCAUCUUUGAGGGCCCUUCAACCGAAACAGUAAACCCUCUGACUCAAGAGUCCCAGUAUAUAUAUAACGAAUACCACAAUUUCGCUCCUCUUUCUCCUCGGCUGAUGAUUGUCCUGCGAAGCCAUCUGCUUCGCUCCCAGGACCAGGAGAAUGAUGCGGCGAGAUAUGUGUUGGAUACACUACUAGAGGCAGUUCGAUCUCAACAUCUCUAUCCCGACCAAGCGGGAUCAAUCUUGCAAGACCUUCCUAUCCGCAAGUGCAAGACUGUCUACAUCCAACCACACAUUACUUCAACAGCUUCUUUACACGCCAACGACCGAUUUCACUUUAAAUGCUUCAAACUUUCGUCGAGCCAUAUGACAAUCAUCAACAACCUUCUUCUGGAAGAAGCAUAUAACACCUCCUCAAUUGUGUAUCAUUCACAGGCAUCGCUCAGAACCAGCAUAGAGAGAUACCUUGAAGAUGAGACCCUCGGCAUGAAGAAUUCUCUAAGCGAUCCGUUUGAUGAGCGUCGUCUAUAUUUGACUACACUUGAAAAUGUUGUGCGUCAUCUCGGCGGUUCUACCGUUUGCAGAAUCCACCACCUCCAUCCUGGUCUCCAAUCUUCCCAAAUGCAUAUGUCGCUUUUUGUUGCCGCCAGGAUUGCAAUAGAGCUUUUGCAAAGCGAGGAAGCCAAAUCUUUCAUUCCUCAAGUCUAUUCGCUUUUGAAACCAGGAGCAACCCGAAAGACCUUUUGGAACGAUGUUCAUCAAGCUAGUCUCAUGUUGCUGUUAAGGAUCAAGGUGGAUGUUAUUCUCAACAACUCUUGCCUAAGCAAUGAGGACAAAAGCUUCGUUCGACUCUCUUCGCAAGCUUUCUUCAUGGAGUUUCCGGUUGAGCGAUUAUGGUUAUACUUUAAGAUCGCACGUAAUAUGAGCAGGUUCGAUCUUGAUGAUUUCAACAAGCAGAUUGCGGAUCUUGAACUCGACGGAGUAGAAGAUAAAUUUGCCAAAUUUUUUGCGUAUUUCCCUGAGAAAAGAGAGUAUCUCGUACCAAAAAUGUACCUUCAGGCUAUGAAUUGA